CAGCUGAUUUGCUAUUAUUAUUUGUUAAAUUAUAUUAGGUGAGUUUUACAAGUUACAUAUUUCAACUUUGAAACAUUAGUUCUUCGUGCUGUUCUUUCUUACUUCGCUGGUCAACCCAAUCGUUCAAUCAUCAUGUCGGACCCUGAUUUGGUCAAAAAAGUGCGUAAAACUUGUGAAAAAAAUACAGAAAGUCUUUACAUGAUUGCCAAUGAACCAAGUCUUGCCUGUUAUAGAAUUGCUGAACAUGUUUACAAAAACGGUCCACAUAUACAAGAAAGAGAGGUUGAAAUGAAAAAGUUAGAAACUCAAUUGAAAGGUGCUUGUUAUGACUUGGACUAUACUGUGAAAGCCGUCAAAUCCAUUCACAACAGCAAAGAUACUUUUGCGUCUAUCAAAGCUUUAUUGAAAGAUGCUUUUUUCUACAAACAACAAAUUGAUUAUGACAAUAAUGUAAGAUAUCGAGUCGCCAAUAGAGGAAACAACCAGAAAAGGCCUGCAGUUCAACGUUUUUCUGGAUCAUUUGAUAUUCCUUCAUUUAUAUCAUCUCAUUUACCAUCUUCACCAUCGACUUCUAUGAUGUCUUCCCUGGCUCGAGCUGAUUCUGUUCCUCAACCGAACUCACAAUCAUUUAACAGCAAAUCACCGUCAUCAUCAUCAUCUUCAUCUUCUCUGUCAACAAAGCAAGAUCUACAGAAAACUGAUGCAAAUCAACCUGCUAAAUAAAUGACUACGUUAUAGUAUUCAUUCAAAAAAGCUUGUUCAAUCAAGCCAGAAAAUUUUCUGUACAAAAAUAUCGCAAAGCUUACACAAUUCAAGCAAUCAAAUUUUUAAUUCAUCAUUUUAAUCAACAAUCAUAUUAACAGAUUUCUUUAAAGUUUAAUUCGCCUUCUGAGCUUAAUAUAACCCAAGAAAUGCUGGAUCACAAAUUUGAAUCUUAUCAUAUAAGAAUGUACAAUAUGGUUAAUCCUGAUCAAAUUCUCAAGACAAUACAAGUUAAGGAAAGACAGCGAAGAUGAACUCUAAAAUUGUACAUCCUAGUGAAAGAUAUUUCGAGAAGGCGCGAAACAGAUGGAAAAAUAAUCGAUUUUUCAAAGCUUGCCAAAGGUCCAACAAUAUACUUACCACUCCCAGUUAAUGUGAAGUUGAAAUACCAACUCCCAUAUAAGUCUCAUAAUGGUAUAUAUUGCAUAUAGCUGAAUGUUGAUCCCUUUCUCAUCAUCAUCAUCAUCAAAAUCCUCUCGAUAGAAACUUGUAAGAUAUACUUAACUCUGUCAGCUGCUUGUUAUGUCAUGAUACUUACCAUUGAGUCGACGUAGACUUGCUAGCUUGAUAUAAAAAAUAUCGCUAAAAACUGAAUGAGAAUAUCGAUUCUAUGUUUAGUCAGCCAAAUGAAUAACCCUGGAUGAAGAAUCAAAGAGAAAGAGAGAAAGAGAAAAUCAAAAAGCUUGUUUCCCCUCCAAACAGUGACUCACAUCAAAUGUAUCACAUUCAAGUGAAAAAAUGGAUCUUAAUGGAAACAAUUGACUUUCAUUUCGCAUGUUUUCCAAAUGCACUGACCAUAGCUUAUAAUUGGGUUUAAAUUUUACAAUUUCCUGUUUUUUAUUGGUCUACCGAUUAUUUGUCAAGCCAUCAUUCUCAAGAUCUGAUUAAUGAAACGGGUGAAUCAAGUAUAUUGUAUAUUCAAAUUCGGACUAUUUUAUUAUAAUCAUUCAUCGAUGAGAUGAACUUUGAAAUCAACUACUUAAUCACCUGUAUUCAACUUCUUCCCUUACAUGUUCAUCAUGUUAAUUAAUUUUGAAAUUAAUAGUCAUUUUCAACUACCAGUUAAGAUUGAAUGUUACCACUUGGCGUUGCGAUUUAAGCUUGGCAUUAAAUGGAUUCGCCAAUUAAUCAAUCAAUUGAAAGUUAUACCCUUAUUGUGACUAUCAUUUCAAUCAUUAGAUGAGUCACUUGAAAUGUGAAAACACUUGAGACAAAAAAUGAACCCUGAAUCAAUUGUCAACUCUUUCUCAGCGGAAUAAGCUGUUUAUCCAAUUCAACCAUUAUUUUAUACAGAAAAUGUAAAAACAGCCGACAAGUUCAAUUAGAAGUCAGACAACGUUCUGAGUUAAGUUAAUUAUAACCAUAAAGAUAAAAGAUCAGUAAACUAUUAAAGACAAUCAA